AUGGAUUCCAAAGUGGAAAAGAAUUCAAAUGCUAAAGUUAACAAGAGCGGACGUAAAAAUGAGGAGAAGAAAAAAAUAGAGACAGAAAAUACAGAUAAGGCGUUGGACGAAGUUUGUCGUCAAGUUAGUAAAUUAGCUGUUGACGAAGUUGCUAGCGGAUCGGGUAGCUCUACAGAUAGUGAAGACUUAGUCAAUGCUAUAAAUUACAACACAAUUACAUCCCUGGCAGCUCUUAAAGAUAUAAUCCAGGGUGACAACAAUGAUACACCUGAAACAGAUAGUUUCUUCCAACAUUAUUUCAUGAAUCACUGUAACAAUCUUUCAAGUCGUAAUUCGAAUUCUCCUUUUCCUUUUACGGAAAGACGUCGAUUAUCUCAAUGUCGUGAAGAAGAUGAAGAGGAUGAGAAAAAGGAAAGCGCCCCGCAACCGUCCACGGUUUCGUCAGUCGCUUGUUCUGAGGAUGCAUCUCAAGAAAGUAUAGAUGUACUUAAAAAAGAAUGUAAUUUGGUCGUUGAAAAUGAUGAACAAGUCGAUCUAGUUAGUAAAAAACAACUGUCAACUGAUGACGUACCACCAUAUGACCAGGAACCUCCUAAACGUACCAUUAUGGGAGCUAAACACAAAUUUCUCGUGACAACUGCAAAGCAUCCGCCGGCUUCACUGGAAAGAGUUCUGCGCUCCCAAGUGCAUAACGCUCACACGGUACAUUUUGGUACUAAAGGAGCUGAAGAGCAAAGACCAAGUGUGCGAUCGAUUUUUUCAGGGCAGAAUCUCCAUCGUGAUAAAAAUUAUUUUGACAGCAGUUUAAUAGAAAUCCGUUCAACUGUAGAUGGGUUGCCCACCAGCUCAGAAGAUAUUUGGGUCAAGCGGAUUGAUGAAACGAAGGAUAAACUAUCGAAAGACGAAACUAAGCCUUCAGUAUUUGAAACGGCUACACUGGCAAAAGAAGAUAAAGGAGAAAAAAUUAAAGAACCAAAACGUGUAAGAUCCGGCACUUGGGACUCUCAGACUUUGCGCAAUGAAAAAGAUACUGUAAAGAAAGCUUUUCUUAGGAAAGAAAAAGAGAGAAGGAGUAGCGAUGAAAGGCGACACAAACGAGAACAAAGGCUGGAUGCAGCGAUCACACGUAGUUCGCAAUCGGUCGGCGAGCGUAAGCGUAGAGGUUCUGCUGACGACGGACAACCCCAUUACAUGUACCAGCAAACUAUACACGGCACCAGUGGAGUGAGCAGACGGCCAGCCUUGUUCGACAUUUUCAAGUCGCGACCGCGCGGCGAUGCUAAGAAACCACCUUCGAUUAUGCAACAAGUUAAGGCUGCUGUACAGAGUAUGACAAAAUCUGGCACUGGGGUGGGUAAAGAACCACUUAAAGGUGAAACGUUGGCUGCUGAAGAAAGUAAAUCCAACGCGGCAACCAACUCAGCGGUUACGACCACUACUAAAAUUAAAGAUGGCUCUGCACAUCCUCAUCCAGGCAGCGACUCCAGGUAUUAUCAUACCCUCACGGUAUCAGAGAGUCGACGGCCUAGUGCGAUGGCAAAAGUAAUGGAAAUGUUUCGAGGCCGUGCCUCUAUACCUGGUCAAACUAUGCUGAUAGAGAGUGUUGAGAAACGAAGAGUGAGGGCGAAUGCUCAUCAACAGCAUUUAAGUGGCGGAGCAUAUUUACGUCGGGCCGCAUCUCAAGAAGCAGAAAAGCGGCGUUCUUCGCUUGGUAAUGUGUCCACGGCACGUCAUCGCGCUUCGGAUGCUUUUCUCGAUCCACAUCAUGCUGCGAUAUUGUUUCGGGACUCUAGAGGAUUGCCGGUUGCUGAUCCGUUUUUGGAAAAAGUCAGCCUCUCCGACCUAGCAGUGAGCCGUGGCGGGCGCGGCAGGCGAUGCGCCGCCCGGGCCCCGUGCAUGCUGCGCUUACACUACUUCUCGGACAACCCCGCCCUCGCCACCGUCGACGAUGAAGACUCCGUCCACUCGAUCGACCUCAUCAAGGAGUUCGAGGCAGUCGGCCGGGCAUGGAAGGCGUUCCUCGCCGACUGGCUCCUCAAAGAGGAGGAUGAAUCCCAGAUCUUCGUAAAGUUCUUCAAAUUCCACAAAUGCUACGACUUGAUCCCGACUUCUGCCAAGUUGGUGGUGUUCGACACGCAGCUGCUUGUGAAGAAGGCGUUCUUCGCACUCGUCUACAACGGCGUGCGUGCUGCGCCUCUGUGGGACUCGCAGCGACAGAAGUUUGUCGGCAUGUUGACGAUCACCGAUUUCAUCAAGAUCCUGCAAAUGUACUACACCAGCCCUAACAUCACCAUGGACGAGUUGGAGGAGCAUCGACUUGAGACUUGGCGUCAGGUGCUGAAAGGGUCGGUUGUGCCGCUAGUUUCAAUUGGGCCAGAUUCGUCAUUAUACGACGCAAUAAGAAUGCUUAUUGUCAACCGGAUACAUAGGCUGCCGGUCAUUGACCCUGAAACUGGCAACGUACUAUAUAUCCUUACACAUAAGAGGAUUCUGCGCUUCCUCUUUUUAUACAUCAACGAGCUGCCAAAGCCGUCUUAUCUUCAAUGCAAGCUACGCGAACUUCGUAUUGGUACUCUAAAUGACAUCGAGACGGCCACUGAAGACACUCUAAUCAUCGAUGCCCUUCGUAAGUUCGUGAAUAGGAGAGUGUCGGCACUCCCACUCAUUGACACCGAAGGUCGCCUCAAGGAUAUAUAUGCAAAAUUUGAUGUCAUAAAUUUGGCUGCGGAAAAAACAUAUAACAACCUGGACGUAUCGUUAAAGAAAGCCAACGAACAUCGAAACGAAUGGUUCGAGGGCGUUCAAAAAUGUAAUCUUGAUGAAACCCUCUACGAAGUCAUGGAAAGGAUAGUGAGAGCUGAGGUACAUCGUUUGGUUGUAGUGGAUGAGGAAGACAAAGUGAUAGGCAUAAUAUCGUUAUCGGAUCUACUGAUGUAUAUCGUACUGCGCCCAACCGGCGAGUGCGAAGGAGCAAGUCUUCGUAAUGAGCACGCUUCCAUUGAAGAGAAAGAUGAAAGCUCCAGCGCUGCCGCAAAGGAUGUCGACAAGGCUGACGAGCUUCAGGAACAACUAGACGACACUUCAGAAGCAAAUGGGGAACUUGACUGUCAAGAUCAUUAA